CGCACGUGUAAACAUAAGUCGUGUUUCAAGUCGUUCUCCGAUAUUUUUUCUUUAAAAAUCCGUAAAAAACACGCAAAAAAUGCCAAAAGUGCGUUCAACGACGGGUCCUCCCCGCAAACAAGGCGUCAACAAAGCCAACCAUUCCAUGAAUCCCGACAGACCGACGGAGGGCUUGAAAGGCAUCAGCAAACCGCGUUCCAAGGGAACCAUCAAGCGCCUUCAGAUGUAUCGUAACUUCAAGGCGAAACGAGAUCGCAAGGGAAAAAUUCUCACGCCCGCCCCAUUUCAAGGUUGGGUCAAUUCCGGAACAGUUUCUCGCGUCGAACCAAGCCCAAAAUGGUUCAGCAAUUCGCGUGUUAUUUCACAAAAUGCGCUGCAAAAGUUUCAAGACGAAAUGGGAAAAGCGAUGAAGGAUCCGUAUCAAGUCAUCAUGAAACCAACGGGAUUACCCAUCACACUGCUGAAUGAACGAGCGAAAUACCAACGAAUGCAUUUGCUGGAAACAGAAUCGUUCGAAACGACAUUCGGCCCCAAAAAAUUGCGAAAAAGACCGAAUUUGAAAGUUAAGGAUUUAGAAGAUUUGUCAAAAAAUGCCGAAGAAAGUGCGGAAAAGUACGAUUCGACGAAAGAUCAUUCGCUGGUGCAAGAAGACACGGGCGAGAAAAAUGCUGUGCGUGAUUGGGUCUUCGCCGCAGGUCAAAGUAAGAGAAUUUGGAAUGAGUUGCACAAAGUAAUUGACUCGUCGGAUGUAAUUUUGCAAGUUUUGGAUGCUCGUGACCCGAUGGGGACUCGUUCGAAGCACAUUGAGGAGUUUAUGCGGAAGGAAAAACCGCACAAACAUUUAUUUUUUGUCUUGAACAAGGUUGAUUUGGUCCCGAUUUGGGUUACGCAACGUUGGGUUGCCAUUUUGAGCAAAGAAUAUCCCACAAUUGCCUUUCAUGCGUCACUUACACAUCCCUUUGGCAAGGGCGCUUUGAUAAAUUUGCUUCGACAACUCGGAAAAUUGCAUGUCGACAAGAAACAAAUUAGCGUUGGAUUCAUCGGAUAUCCAAAUACCGGAAAAUCUUCCAUCAUCAAUGCCUUACGGAGCAAAAAAGUGUGCAAAACUGCCCCGAUCGCCGGCGAAACGAAAGUUUGGCAGUACAUUACCUUGAUGAAACGCAUUUUUUUGAUCGAUUGUCCCGGAGUUGUUUAUCCGACGGCAGAAACUGACACAGAAAAAGUCCUCAAAGGCGUCGUUCGUGUCGAAUUGGUGACUUCGCCCGAAGAUUAUGUCGAAACGGUGCUUCAACGCGUACGAAAAGAGUACAUCGCAAAGACUUACGGGAUCGUUUCGUGGUCCGAUCAUAUCGAUUUCUUGGAACAAUUGGCGAAAAAGACGGGAAAACUCAUCAAAGGCGGCGAACCUGACAUUAACACAGUCGCCAAACAAAUGCUCAACGAUUGGCAACGCGGCAAAUUACCAUUUUACGUUGCCCCCGAAGGUUUUGAAGUGCCCAAAUCUCGCAGCGAAAACGAAACUUCAGAAGCAGCUGAGGUCGAAAGUACGACAACAACUGUCGUCACGAUACCCGAAGCCGUCAAAAAGGGCAAACAAUUGCAACAGAUACAAGAUUACCGCAAAAUUCGAGUCAAUCUCGACUUUGAAGAUGAUGAGAUGCGCGAAUUGGAUCCGGAUGACAUUGCAGCGAUCGAAGCUCAUAUGAAGGAAAAGAGCGAAAAUCCAAGAGGCAAGAAACGACGCAAUAAUGAGGAUGAAGAGCAAGAUUCGUCGGAAAUGAGUGAUUUCUAUUCCGAAGACGAAUAUGAUGAAAAUUUGGAAAAACUUGUGCAUAAACCGGCAGGAACGAAAUCGAAAGACACGAAAAAAUCGACAGAAAAUGUUGAAAAACCAACGAAAAAGCAAAAAUCAGGACCAAGUGUGAAGUUAACGGAAAAAGUGAAAGAAAAUAAACCGCAAGAGAAGAAAUUGACGGCGAAACAGAGACGUGCGAUGGAACGAGCUGCGAAACCAAAGAAAGUUGGAAGUAACUUCUAUGACGUCGUGAAUGUUAAAAAUAAAAAUCGCAACAAGAAAAUGUAAAUUAAUAGAAAAAAAUUAAUUUUGUUUGAAAUAAAUUUAUAUAAAUAUCUG